AUGGGUUCCAGAAGAUACGAUUCCAGGACAACAAUUUUUUCCCCUGAGGGACGUCUAUACCAAGUUGAAUAUGCUCUAGAGUCCAUUUCACAUGCCGGUACCGCAAUUGGGAUCAUGGCAUCUGACGGGAUUGUUCUUGCUGCGGAGCGUAAAGUCACAAGUACUUUGUUGGAGCAAGACACUUCCACGGAAAAACUAUACAAGCUUAAUGAUAAAAUUGCUGUCGCUGUUGCUGGGUUAACUGCAGAUGCUGAAAUUCUGAUAAAUACAGCUAGAGUUCACGCUCAAAACUACCUAAAAAGCUACAACGAAGACAUACCUGUGGAGAUUUUAGUAAGAAGAUUGAGUGAUAUAAAACAAGGUUACACGCAACAUGGUGGAUUAAGACCAUUCGGUGUAUCAUUUAUCUACGCUGGCCAUGAUGAUAGAUACGGUUACCAACUGUAUACUUCCAAUCCAUCGGGUAACUAUACAGGCUGGAAGGCUAUCAGUGUUGGUGCUAACACUUCAGCAGCACAAACACUACUUCAAAUGGAUUACAAGGAUGAUAUGAAGGUGGAUGAUGCAAUUGACUUGGCUUUGAAAACGUUAUCCAAAACUACCGACAGUAGCGCGUUGACAUACGACAGGUUAGAGUUUGCCACUAUUAGAAAGGGCGUCAAUGAUGGAGAAGUGUAUCAGAAGAUUUUCAAGCCUCAAGAAAUAAAGGAUCUACUGGUGAAGACCGGCAUCACCAAGAAGGAUGAGGAUGAAGAAGCAGACGAAGAAAUGAAAUAA